CGGAAGCGCGGCGGUCUGCGGAGACGCUGGUGGUGGUGGAGAAAACGGCGGUGGCGGAAGACGACCCAGCAUCAUGGCGGCGGCUCCGCCCGGGCCUGACCCGGCGCUGAGGGCACCCGGCAACUCGCACUGUCUUCCUCCUGUGGCCGUCCCUGAACUCCACUGAGCCAUGGGGGAGAACAGCCCACAGAAUGUCAUCUACUACGAGGUGGAGGAAGAUGACUUGGCUCGAGAUGACAAACUGAUAAGAUUUGAUGACCAGAAUGGCCUGGCUUCACCUUCCUCCGGGACAGUCUAUGACAGGACGACCGUCCUCAUUGAGCAAGACCAGGAGCCAUUGGAGGAGGAGGAGGAGGAAGACGAGGAAGAGGAAGGGCAAAGCAGGCUUCUUCUGCCUUUCUUACAGGAUGAUAGAUUCCACUUGAUGGCCGAUCAUGAAGGCAUUUCACAGGGCUAUGUGCAGCAUAUUAUUUCACCAGAUCAGAUCCAUUUGACUAUCAAUCCUGGCUCAACUCCCAUGCCGCGGAACAUUGAGGGGGCUACCCUCACUUUGCAGUCAGAGUGCCCUGAAACCAAGCUUAAAGAAGUGAAGCGCUACCAGUGCACAUUUGAGGGCUGCCCUCGUACCUACAGCACUGCAGGCAACCUGCGCACUCACCAAAAGACCCACCGUGGGGAGUACACCUUUGUGUGCAAUCAGGAGGGGUGUGGGAAGGCCUUUCUGACAUCCUACAGCCUGAAAAUCCAUGUCCGGGUGCACACCAAGGAGAAGCCCUUUGAGUGUGAUGUUCAAGGUUGUGAAAAAGCCUUCAAUACACUGUACAGGUUAAAAGCCCAUCAGAGGCUUCAUACGGGGAAAACAUUUAACUGUGAGUCAGAAGGAUGCAGCAAGUACUUUACAACCCUCAGUGAUCUGCGGAAACACAUUCGGACUCACACUGGAGAGAAGCCAUUCAGGUGUGACCAUGAUGGCUGUGGGAAAGCCUUUGCUGUUAGCCAUCAUCUGAAAACACAUGUCAGGACACACACUGGUGAGAGACCUUUCUUUUGUCCCAGCAAUGGGUGUGAAAAGGCCUUUAGCACACAGUAUAGCCUCAAAAGUCACAUGAAAGGACAUGAAAAAGGAUCCUCAUACACUUUGUUCUCCAACAACAAUCUCUCUGAGGAUACAAACCACUCACUCUGCCUGAGCGACUUAAGCCUUAUGUCCACAGAUUCAGAAGUGCGGGAUAAUUCAGAUCCAGCACAUGGACAAGACCUGAGUACAAUCUCACCAGCAAGCAUCUUUGAGUCGAUGUUCCAGAGCCCGGAGCCUCCUCCAAAUCAGGAAGACUGUCAGCACACAGAUGCCUUGAUGGGAGAUUUUGAUGGCAAUACCCAGCUAGCUCCAGCAGCCCAGCCAGCAUCAGCAGAGACUGCGCCCUUAUCUCUGCCGCUUGUUCUUCAGCUUGGCAUCUCUGAGCCUUCCCUCCAAGCACUGCCUUCUGCAUCCACGGGUGCUCAGCCAGCAGCGUACGGCACCCCUGCCAGUCUCCUGCAGCCUCCAGAAGUGCCUCCUUCUAACAGUACACUUUUGGCAGCCAAUCCCCAGGGCUUCCUGCACCACCUUCAGAGCUCUGCACAGCCCACGGGGGCUGGGCUUCCUGGAGUCUCAGAGGUCACCUCUGGACCAGCAGCUGCAAGUGCCUCUGAGGUCCUGCCUAGCAGAGUUCAGACUGUGCCUGUGGGAGGGAGCCCUGCGCUACCCAGCAAUCCCAGGGUUACCAUCACCCCCUCACAAAACCCAGCCAUUUUCCAAUCCAGCAUCAUCAUGGGCGAACAAAACCUCCAGUGGAUUUUAAAUGGUGCCACUGGGACACUGCAGAACCAGGAACAAAUGGCUAAACCCGACAUCCCCCCCCCCCCUGCUUUUCUUUCCAAGCCACAGCCUCCUGUUGUUGAGAAGGUCUUCUUCACAACUGCUCUCCCUGUGGCUGGUGGUGCAGGGAGUCCGGUCCAGCAGAUUGGCCUGAGUGUGCCUGUGAUCAUCAUCAAGCAGGAAGAGGUGUGCCAAUGCCAGUGCGCCUGCCGAGACACAAGCAAGGACAAAGCUGGCACCAAAGGCUGUGCCUCCCUCCUCUCGAAGACCUUGGGGAACCCCCCGGCACCAGGGCCACAGGACUUCCCCAGGACGGUGACCAGUACGUCCACUGCUACUGCUAGUUGUUCAUCUGUGUUGCCUCCUGCUGAUCAGCAGAGCACCCUACUGGGCCACCUGCCUGGCUCCCAGAAACAGUCCCUAAGUGCCAUGGAGGCCUCCCGUUUUCUUUCUUUCCAGAGCUUGGAGACAGCCUCUCCUCUCUUGCAAGGGGAAGAGAGUCUUGCCUUGGGCAGCAACUUCCCUUAGGGAAGCCCUGGAAAGCAGCAACAGAGAUGGGUGAGGGCCAGCUGCCCUGGAGCGUGUCAUGGGAUCCUUUCUCCCACGAGGAGACGCAGCCAUGCUGGCUCUGCCUCAUUUGUCACUUUGGCUCAUAGCAAUGUGAGCGUAGGAACUGGUCACUUUGGAAGGAGGGGUGGGCGGCCAGGCUGCACCUUGCUUUCAGGAGGGUGGAAUGGAGUGCUUCUAGGCCUGGGGGUGAUUCAGGGUAGGGACCCUGUAAGCAGGGUGUCGGGAAAGAAGUCAGUGUUUGUGUGAAAACAGGGAGACGGAUGGGGGUGCAGUGGGACCUCUAGCAGCAGCAGAAAAACGUAAGAGAUGCCCUCCCCACAGCCUCCUCUCUCUGCUAGCUGUAGAAGACAAAUGGUGCGCAUCACGAUCAGACUUUGCACAUGAGUAAAAGGGCUGUUGGCUCUUUCAUCUUACCUUUCUGUCCUUCUUGGCAACCAAUUGCACUGCCUUGGUGUUUACAUGAAUUCAGGGGCUAAAAGGAUUUGCACUGUUCAGCUUUAUCAGAAUGACACUCUCAGCAUGGAGCAGCUCUUGCUAGAAAGUAUUCCUCUCAGAAUGGCUUACUUUAGGGGGUUCAGAGGGGUGCUCAGGGGUCUCGGUGUUGGUCCAGUGGAGACUGAGGAGCAAUCCAGCUUGGGCUGGCAAAGCAGACUGUCUUUUCUUCAGCAGACUAUUGGGGUGCAGUAAGACAGCCUACCUGCCCCAUCGGGGAAGGACGCCUUUUCUCUCUUAACUUACUCAGGGUAAAAUCCCAGCAUAGAAUGCCUGGAAGGUUUGGGGAAAUCUUCUUUCUAAACUUUUGUACAUGUUUUUAUUUUGUCACAUCCACUAUAUUUGGAUUUUCUAGUAAUCCUCUUUUGUUCCCAGGACAAAUGCCCAUUCCUUAGAAUGCCCUUCCAAGAGUUUUUCUCAAGUUGAGAGGCAGGCAGGGUGGUCAAAAAGCAGAAGUGGAAAAAACAGGGUCAUUGCCAUUGUGACAUGGCUGUGGAGUGGAGGCAACUGCAAGGCCUUUGAAGGAACCUUGCAAGUUCUGGUGCUUCUGCAGGAGGGGGACAGGCCGGCUGGUUGCUGCUUUUCUGGGACUAGUCCAUGGGCAUUUCUGAUGCUUCGCUCCCUCAUAAGUUAAACACAGACAAGAAUCUCCUGAAUCUCGCCCUGUGCCUGGGAGGCGUGUGUAGUUAAGGUGCUUCUUGUUGACUUUGGAGAGCUACUCUACUGUCAGUUGGGGUGGGGCUUAGACUAGCAUGGAUUUUGAUCACGUGUUAUAACAGUGUUCCCUUUGCUUGAUGCUGCCUGUUGGAAGGAUGUUUCCCCCCCCCCCCUCCCGACUUUGGGAGUUAACUGAUCCUGGGGACUGAGGGUUGAGUAACUUAAUUGUACAAAGACUCCAGGAAGUAAAGAGUUCCAGUGGACUUCAUUUCAGCUGUGUAUUGAGGGUGGGAGAAAGUUAUUAGAGUGGGGCAGUUUUCUCGGGGAUAUGGACCUCAUCUCUCUGACUUCUCAGCAGUGAUUAUACAGGCUGGGGAAUUCUGAAAUUGUAGUUCAUGAACAUGGAAAUGACUAAGUUUUAGAAAAACCUGCUCGAGAGUCUAGUGUUUUCUGGCAGUUGCUUCUGUUAUUUAAGUUUAGGGAAGGAAUAUAGUUCACUGGGGCUGAUCUAGUUAUACUUGCUGGCCUCUAAAAUGCACUUUAAUUCUCUUUCAGCUGAUGGCUGCAAUAUCAUUUGUAAAUAACUCUUCACAGUCCUUGGUAUUCUUUUUUUGUUCUGAGUAAAAAGUAUGUGAUGUGCAGAAAAAAGUACUUAACUUCAGUGCAAUACAUUUAGCUAGAAAUAUCCACAUGCACUCUGUGAGUGUGGUUAUAUGUAUGUAUAUGUGCGUGCAUGCGCACAAGUUUGUUUAUGUGGGAGCGAUGGAAGGGGCACAAAACCAUCACUCUGCCCUUUUCUGACUUAUGCAUCUUUAAGCAAAUGCAAAUGCAUCUUUAAGCAAAUGCAAGUCUAUGCAAAACCUUCAUUAGUAGCCUGAGCUGAACAGACUUGGUCAGAUAAGAAUCUUUCCAGUUUUGGUCACUGCUUGGAGACCUUCCCAGCUCUGUCCUGCUCCUCACAAGGAAGAGAAGGAACAGGCUGCUCUUUGCUGGUCAUGAAGCUGUUCGGAAGACUCUGCUCCUGCUUUCCCGAGUGCCCUGCCACCACCUGCCUGCCUUAUUUCCAAGAGACAAGACGUUCCAAAAUUUCAAGGUACCAACAAGAGUAAUUAAUCUUGGAAGAGAUGGCAGUAACAGUGGUGAGUUCUUCUUUAUUAAAGCACAGGAAAUCUUGUUUGGAGCAUCUAUUGGCCCGGGAUGUAAAUGCUACUCUCCUAUAUCCUUUGCGUUUGCUACACGUCUAAAAAUAGCAUCUUCUGUUUUUAGCCAAUGUUUCCUGCUAGUGAGGGCUGGUUUUUCAACUUCUGCAUUGUUUAUUGUUUCUAAGCUUUGGAGUCUGUUCUGC